UGCCGCAGGGUAAAAAUAUCAUUUACUCGUGUGGCACAACCUUAUGGAAUGUGGGAAAAGCAAUUCUCCAUUAUUAAUCAUACUGCAUAUAUGAACCCAUGUUGCCACCGUAAGCUGUCAUUGUGAAACUGAAUGUAUCUAACAUCUCUCUCCGCUUCCAUAAUCACUUCACUUCACUUCCAGUUCAAAACGCGAGAGCACUUUUGUGUGCUCCGCUCCGAAUGUCAUCCAAGUCUCCUCUCUUCUUUCUCAAAUCCAGAUUCAGGAUACACCCCCAUUACCAUUUUCACACCCCCUAUUCAACUUCUUCUUCUUCCUCGCCAUUUCACUCCGAUUAUUUAACUCAAUUCAUACCUAGCCGAACCUCCAAUCUCAACACACUCACCCCCCUGGAACGCCGAAUCCUCACCGUCCAAUUACCCACCAUUAUCAAAACCCACCAAACCUUCCUCUUCAAAUCGUUCUCCCUUCGUUUCUCCCCUCUCUUCCUCGUUCACAUCCUCAACCUUCUUCAAACCCGAGAAACCGCUUUCGCUUUCUUCAAACUCACCUUCCUCCAUUCCCAUUCCAAUCAAUUUCUCCAUUCCUGUUGCAUUUCAGCACACGUCCUCGCAUCCCUUAAUCUUCAACUCCAUGCACAAGAUCUAAUUUCCUGGAUUUUUGGUACAAUUGAAUCCGUUAGAACCAAAGAGAUUGUAGAAUUUAUGUGGAGGAAUCAUGAUUAUUACGAAUCUGAUUUUUCUGUUUUGAAUACGCUAAUGAGAGGUUUUUUGAAUGUAGGUAUGAGUUUAGAGGCUUUGGAUAUUUUGAAUAGAAUGAGAGAUGUUGGUGUUAGGCCUAGUGUUACUGCAAUGACCAUUCUUUUUAAAUUGUUGUUUAGGGUUGGUGAUUAUGGUACUAUAUGGAGCUUGUUUAAAGAUAUGAUUCGAAAAGGGCCAGCUCCGAGUAGUAUCACUUUUAAUACGAUGAUUUGUGGGUUUUGUAGACGGGGGAAGGUUGUUAUAGGCGAGAGUUUGUUUCAUUUGAUGGGUAAAUUUGGCUGUGAACCCGAUGUUUUUACGUAUAAUGUUAUUAUUAAUGGUUGUUGUGUUGGGGGGAAUACUUCGGUUGCAGUUGGUUGGUUGCGUUUGAUGAUGAAGCGAGGUUGUGAGCCGAGUGUUUCCACGUUUAAUACCAUUUUGCAUUCGCUUUGUAGGGAAGGGAAUGUGGUUGAGGCGAGGAAGUUGUUUGAUAGAGUUUUAGCUUUGGGGGUUGUUCCGAAUACUGCAAUAUAUAACACGAUGAUGGAUGGGUAUGUGAAAGCGAGGGAUAUUGGUCGAGCUAGCUUGCUUUAUAAAGAAAUGAGGAUUAAAGGGGUUCCGCCAGAUUGUGUGACUUUCAACAUUUUUGUCGGAGGGCAUUAUAAAUAUGGGAGGCAAGAGGAUUGGACCAAAUUGUUAACAGAUUUAACAGAAAUGGGAUUUUUUCAGGAUUGUUCGCUUUACGAUAUGACGGUAUCGUGGCAUUGUUGGGCUGGCAGACUGGAUCAGGCUAUUAAAUUAUUAAAGGAUUCACUUGCAAUGGGACUAACUUUUAGCGUGGCUGCCUUUAACUCAUUAAUAGCAGCCUAUAGCAGGGAAGGUUUAGAAGACAAAGCUUUUGAAAUCUAUCAUAUUAUGGUGAAAUGUGGUUUCACUCCUUCAGCGUCCACAUGUAAUUCUUUGCUUAUGGGUUUGUGUAGGAAAGGGAAGUUGCAAGAAGCUAGGGCACUUUUGCAUAGAAUGUCAGAGAAGGGGUUUCUCAUAAAAAAAGUGGCUUACACUCUGCUUUUUGAUGGGUAUUUCAAGAUGAAUGAUAUGGAUGGUGCUCGAUUUAUGUGGAAAGAAAUGAAAGAAAGAGGUAUCUAUCCAGAUGUUGUUGCCUUUUCAGCCUUAAUAGAUGGACUUUCAAAAGCAGGUAAUGUUGACGAGGCGUAUGAAGUGUUCUUGGAAAUGUUAUCUAUAGGUUUUGUUCCUAAUAAUUUUGCCUAUAAUUCUUUGAUUGGCGGGUUUUGCAACUUGGGGAGGAUGGCUCAAGCAUUAAAGGUGGAGAAAGAGAUGAGGCUAAGAGGCCUUCUUCCUGACACCUUUACCUUCAAUAUCAUCAUAGAUAGAUUUUGUAGACAAGGAAACAUGAAAUCUGCAAUUGAUGCAUUUCUUGAUAUGCACCGGAUUGGUUUGAUGCCUGAUAUAUUCACAUUUAACAUACUAGUUGGUGGAUACUGUAAGGCAUUUGACAUGGUUCGUGCAGAUGAUAUUGUUAAUAAAAUGUACCCAUAUGGGCUGUACCCAGAUAUCACAACCUAUAAUAUACGCAUGCAUGGUUACUGCAGUGUUCGAAAAAUGAAUCGAGCAAUUGCCAUUUUGGAUGAGCUUGUCUCUGCUGGUAUUGUCCCAAACACAGUGACAUACAACACUGUGAUGGGUGGUAUUUGUAGUGAUAUUUUGGAUCGUGCUAUGAUUGUUACUGCAAAAUUAAUUAAGAUGGGUUUUAUUCCAAAUGUGAUUACGACCAAUAUAUUGUUGUCUCACUUUUGCAAGCAAGGAAUGCCAGAAAGGGCCUUACUAUGGGGCCAAAAGUUGAGAGAUAUUUGCUUUGAUUUUGAUGAAAUCUCCUACAUAAUACUGGACAGAGCUAAUCAUUUGGUGCAGAAUGAGGUUGAACUUGUGAGAGGAACAUAUGAAAAGAGCCUCUUUUUGGAUUUCCUAAUGUACAUUACAUUUGACCAUUUUUCAAGAAAUAGACCUCGUAGCAUAGAGAAUGAGAAUUGUUUAAAGCUGAUUGAAAGUCAAUAUGUUGCUUUGUGAACUUGAUUUUUUUAAUCUUUUUAUAAUCCUGGACGUUUUCCAAGGUUUUGUGUAAUCAUGAGAUCAAUAAGUAGGCACUCAUUCGCUACUUGAGCAUUGCACCAAACAAGUGGUUACAUAAUAUGUAGCAGUGGCAUAAACUGUAAGAAACAAAGGAAAGAUUGGUUACCUUUUUCUAAGGGGAAUAUCAUUAGAUAUUGCUACCAGUCUGGAGUGCUUUUAUGUUUAUUUCUUCAUGAAGGGUAAGAGCAGCUAUCCUUUUAGAGGGAUGCAGUGGAAGCAUAGUUUGCUUCUGAGAUUUUGAGGCCUCGGGACCAUCAUCGGUCUGAACUCUGAAGUGUGAUUGAAUCUGCUAAAGUUCAGGCAAAGAAGAAUGUUAUGAAUGAAUAUAUGUAGAAGUCAUGGAAUUGUGUCAUACACAGAUAUAAUUCAGCAAAUGUGGGCAAAUUAAUCACGCCUUGGGAGCCAUCAACGCAUUGGUGAGUGUGGGCAACUACACCAAAAGCAUGAGUUGGAGAAGGUACUGAAGUUCAUUCCAAAACUACAGUAGAUGCAGACAAGAUUGGUGUUGUAGGAAUACUUCAGGAAACAGUGCCCAUUGUGCAGCCUGAGACCUCAAUCACCUAGCAGGCUCAAGAAGUAUCAGGAGAGUGGUGUCUUCGGAACUAGAUUGAAUUUUCCAGCUAUAGGAAGAAGCCAGCUAUUAAAUGGCAAAAGCAAGGGUCAUGACUCACGCCCAAAUGAUGAAAGCUCUAGUAUGAAUAUUUAUCUGCAACUUGCACGUAGACAUUUUACAGUUUGUUCAUACAAGGCUGCUAAAAUAUGUCAAACGCAAGAAUUCAGCAAUAAUGGGAAUUUUUGAAAUGGAUCAUAGAAGUUUUGAACUGUGUAGUAACCAAGAGCAUGAAUGCAUACAUAAUUCAAGUGCCAUCAAUCCACUCAAUAGUUUGCAGCUUUAUCUGAAAUUCAUAUGAGGGUUCAACUGAAUCCAAUAAAGCAGAGCUUUGGAAGAUUUUGAUUCAAGAGAAUUAGCUAAUAAGUAUACAAAUUAGAAUAGUAUAAUGGAGAGGAUAUCAAGUGGUGGAGAUAUUUAUUUAAUUCAUCUACAAUGUCAUUCUCCAGUUGGUUACCAAUUUUUUUUUCUUUUUCUUUUUUCCUUCUACUCUAUAUUGAACAAGAAUGAAAUGGUACCGUUACUAGUGUUAACUUCUAUUGUUUUUACUGUUAAACAAAUGAUUGAUAUAGACACUACCAAAAAUAUUACAUCUUUUGCUUGUUCACAUGUGUCCCAUGUUAACUUUGGCCUGUUAAUUUCUUUCCCACCUGUCUCCCCAUUUGUUCCUCUCUGAUCACUCCCUCUCCAUUUCUCUGUUUGUGCAGCACCAGCCGAGCAAGUUAGUGUUCAUUUGAUCUCAGAAGAUGAUGAGGACAGCCAGAGGUGAUGUGGUGACGGACAUGAGGGGCAAUGUAACGUGACAGGAAUUCCUUGAAAUGCAUUGUGAAUUUGUGAUGAUCAACCCGAAAUUUGUGAAAUCGAACUCCAAAAUCAAAUGGUGUAAGAGUAGAAUAUAUUGAGGACAAACAUAUUGUAUAUGCAAUAUUGCAAUAUUCUGCACGAGGAUAGAGGAAAGUUGUGAUCAGUAGGCCAUUGUUGCUACUACGAAAAAAAGCAUAAAAUACCACAUUCCACAUGUUGGUGGUCUUUAAAGCUGCCAUAGUUGUCACUACGAAAAUUAACAUAAUUCAUUGACGUUUAUUAAACAAAAAGGAAAAGGUUAACGAUUUUAUUU